UACAGUAGGGUGAGACAGUCAGCUUGAGCGAGAGAGAGAGAGAUACAGGACCCUUCUUUUGACAGGAACCCCGGCCGGCGCAGCUGUCCCUAGCAUUCCAGGCGUGUCAUCGGUCCACAGAUUGGAGAAUUAAAAGGGACUAGAGACUGUGGGGCCAUUCUGACAUUUUUCCUUUGGUUGCUGACUUAGUUUGCUUUACUCUCCUUCCUUCGAACACUUCUGCAUUACAUCUAUCCAACCAGUCUUGGGCCAGAGGCCCCCAAUAUGGCGGACCAGUAUAACACCAAUGAGGAGAAAAUUCUGAAAGAUAGUCACACCAAGGAGAUUGAUUUGAUCAACAGGGACCCUAAGCAGAUCAAUGAAGAUGUUGUCAAGGUGGAUUUUGAGGAUGUGAUAGCUGAGCCCGACGGCACUCACAGUAUGGAUGGAGUGUGGAAGGUCAGCUACACCACCUUCACCGUCUCCAAGUACUGGUGCUACCGUGUGCUGUCUGCCAUCUUUGGCAUCCCAGUGGCGCUGCUGUGGGGCUUCUGUUUUGCCUGCAUCUCCUUCUGUCACAUCUGGGCAGUCAUGCCCUGCAUUAAGAGCUAUCUGAUCGAGACCCAGUGCCUGAGUCGAAUCUACUCUCUCUGCAUCCAUACCUUCUGUGACCCCUUGUUUGAAGCUCUAGGGAAAAUUUUCAGCAGUGUACGGGUGGCAUUACGCAAAGAGGUUUAGAUUUUCAAAGUCAAAGUUUUCAAUGUUCAGUCCUUGGAGGAAAAUGUUAUAUUUUACAAAUAUAAAAUUUUGGAGUGUGGAUUUUGAGGUCCCUUAAAGACUACAUGAAUAAUCUAAUGUGGGCACAGUAAGUUUGCUACACUACAACAAUUAAUUAAACAUCUAAUUUUAUGCCCCCAAAUCUGACACUGAAUAAAACAUUGGAAAUAACUUUUACCUUUAAAAUGAUGCCAUGAA